AUGGCGACCCCCACGCAGCAGCAGAUGUGCGAGCACUUCAUUCCCAUUUUGAAGGAGAAAGGCAUCCGCAUCACCAAGAAGGGCUUGCGGCUGGCGAGGCCUGCAAGACCUGGCGAGGAAGUCCUGACCAUUGUCAAUGGGGAGGUCCUGACAAGGACUCGAGCCGAUGUGCCUGGGAGCAUGGUCAUUCGCCAGGAGUCUGCUGACCACGAGUUCUACCUGCUGGACCCUGACAAGUUCGCGAAGAACUACGAUACGGCAGGCCUACUGCUUGCCAGCAGGGUAAAUGCACCUUAG